GUCUGGAAGCGAGACAACGGCCCGCGAGUUGUUCGCAACGUCGUUCUCGUCCGGCUCUCCGCAGUGAACCGGGAAAGGUGCAACGCGAGGAUAUAAAUAUCAGGUGCAGAAUCAUCGGCACAUGCAGCACCGGCGUCAACACCGUCGUACAGCAAGAAACAACAGUGCAUAAGUUGCGAGGCGAUCGUGUCGACCGUCCGGCGAGGAGGAAGAGCAAAACAGAGAGCUUGAGAGUUGAGGCGACGACGAGGACGACAAACGUCGACUUUCAACCCACCGCGCAACUCGAACGCCGCGCCAAUACCGUCUGAACAAGUGCCGGAUAACCAACAUGGCCGAUACGCAAGCCACGUGCCCGAUGGAGUCGCAUUUCGUGAGGGGCGAACACACCUUGAAGGUCCCUAUGUCGCUUUUCCGGGAAAACCGGGAACGACUUGCCGCUGUUCUUCGGGGAAAUACCGCCGUACCAGAAAAGGGCGCCUUCGUAGUUCUCCAGGGCGGUGUCGAGGUCCCGUUCAACGACACCGACAUCUCCUGGCCGUUCCGACAGGAGUCGUACUUCCAGUGGUGCUUCGGGGUCGAGGAACCAGACUGUUACGGAUGCAUUGACGUCACGACAUCCGAGUCCAUACUGUUCUUCCCCCGGUUACCGGCCGAGUAUGCUGUGUGGCAAGGCACCCUCUACACGACCGAUGACUUCCGGAAACGUUACGCGGUCGACAAGGUUUACUACACAGACGAGAUUGCGGAUGUACUAAGCGAGCGGGGUGCCUCCGUGCUUCUGACGUUGAACGGGUUAAACACCGACAGCGGACUUGCCGCGCGUGAGGCUGUUUUCGACAAGAUUGGCCAAUUCAACGUUAACAACACGUUGUUGUAUCCGGAAAUAUCUGAAUGCCGAGUGAUCAAGUCACCGAGGGAGAUCGAGGUCUUGAAAUACGUGGUAAAAGUCAGCUCCGACGCACAUCGAGCAGUGAUGCGAACGGUGCGACCGGGUCUCGCUGAGUUUCAAGCGGAAGCUGCCUUCAUGCACCAUGCCUACUCCGUAGGCGGAUGUCGCCAUGUUUCUUACACCUGCAUAUGCGGAUCCGGCCACAACGCUUCUAUCCUUCACUACGGCCAUGCCGGUGCACCGAAUAACAGGGUCCUCAAGGACGGAGACAUGUGCCUCUUCGACAUGGGCGCAAAUUACUGCGGCUACGCGGCUGACAUAACCUGCAGUUAUCCGGCCAACGGCAAGUUCACCGAGGACCAGAAGAUGGUCUACAAUGCGGUCCUCGAUGCUCGGAACGCCGUCAUGAACGCGGCGAAGCCUGGAGUAUCAUGGUCGAAAAUGCACCUUUUGGCGAACAGAGUGAUGCUGGGAGGUCUCGUUAAAGGAGGAAUACUCGUCGGCGAUGUUGACCAAAUGAUUCUCGCCGGUCUCGGCGAGGUAUUCCAGCCCCAUGGUCUCGGGCACUUGCUGGGUCUCGACGUUCACGACGUCGGCGGCUACCUGCCGGGACAUCCGACACGUUCGAGCGAACCUGGACUCCGGAAGCUGCGGACCGCGAGGACCCUGAAAGCUGGAAUGGUGCUGACCAUCGAGCCGGGAUGCUACUUCAUCGACUGUAAACUGGAUGAAGCAUUGGCCAACGGGGACCAAGCAAAGUACAUCGUGAGAGAAGAAUUGGAGCGUUUCCGAGGUUGGGGAGGCGUGCGUAUCGAGGACGACGUUCUCGUUACGGAGACGGGAGUGGAGAACAUGACUGAUGUGCCCAGGACCACCGAGGAGAUCGAGGCCUGGAUGACGGUUGGCAGAAAUUCCAAAUUACCUCAAGAGUGCAAGUUCUCCGACGCGUAGAUCAUCAAAAUUCUAUCAAAUAUUAUGCAUCUGUGACGUGCUUCGGCGGCGUCGCGAAUACAAAUGUCGAGGUGUCUGCUGCUCCUGGAGGAUCCAUUAAAUCUGUGCACGUUCGGUGGUGCUUUUUAUUCACUCGAUAAUAAUCAAUUUUUAUUCAGUCGACAGGCUGCGGGCAAUUUUAAUUCUUGUUUAUUAAUCUGUUAACAAAGUUCCAGCGCGCAGCGAUAUCUGCUGGAAUUACGUAAACGAGUUUUACGAUAAUAAAAAUAGUAUUGAUUUAUAAAUUUGCAUAUUAUAACUCUUCGCAACAUGUGAUAAUUUUCAUUUCUCUAUUUUUUGUUUCGAAACUUUUUUCCCGCGUCUUGAUUAUUUUUUGUUUGUGUUUCGGAUGAUUUUUAAAUUUUUACCGUUACGACAAACGCUCUUUCUGUAUGUUAUAUCCUAAGCAGUUCUCACAGUAUUUUAUGACAAUCAAAUAAUGGUUGAAAAUAUUCUAAAUCAGCUGGCACUCCGUGGAUUAAAUUGCACGGAUACAUAAUGGUGUUGAUUGAAUAAAAUUAACAUUCGUUAUCCUACAUUAUAUAUUUUGUACACAUAUACUAUUGAAUAUGUAAAUUGGAACAUGUUUGAUAUACCUGAUAUGUAUGAUUUUAAAUUUUUGAGACUGUGUAACCUGGCUGUAUAUGCAUAGGUUUGAUAAUAAUACUGUACUCAUUGUCAGAAUAUAAUAUAAAAUUCUAACGAGAACGAAUUAUUAGCGUAUAUAUAUAUAUACAUAUACAUAUAUAAAUAUGUAUAUAUAAACACCGCAAUUCACCAAAUGGCAGACAGUCGACUUCAAUGACGUAUGGUUAUUAUUCUUUUGAAAUAAACGCCUUUGGCGCGAGCAA